CUCAACCUGUACCGCUUCUGGCAGGAGGGCGGCUUUCACAACAUCCACAACAUCAUGGCCCGCAAGUUCCAGGAGUUUGGUCCCAUUUACAGGGAGAAGCUGGGUGUCUAUGAGAGCGUGAACAUCAUCAGCCCCCACGAUGCUGCCACACUCUUCAAGUCUGAGGGCAUGCUGCCAGAGAGGUUCAGCGUGCCACCGUGGGUGGCUUAUCGGGAUUUCCGCAACAAGCCUUAUGGAGUGCUCCUCAAGACGGGGGAGGCCUGGCGCUCGGACCGCCUGACCCUGAACAAGGAGGUGCUGGCGCCGCAUGUCAUGGACUGCUUCGUGCCCCUGCUGAGUGAGGUCGGGGAGGAUUUUGUGCAGCGGGCCCGAGCACAGAUCAAGAAGAGCGGCCGGGAGCGCUGGACGGCCGAUUUCACCAACGAGCUCUUCCGCUUUGCCCUGGAGUCUGUGUGCCACGUCCUGUACGGGGAGAGGCUUGGCCUCCUGCAGGACUUUGUGGACCCUGAGGCACAGCACUUCAUCGACGCCGUGACCCUCAUGUUCCACACCACCUCGCUCAUGCUCUAUGUCCCACCGGCUUUGCUCCGCCGCCUCAAUGCCAAGACGUGGCGGGACCAUGUCCAAGCGUGGGAUGCCAUUUUCACGCAAGCGGACAAAUGCAUUCAGAAUGUCUACCGAGACCUCCGGCUGCACCGCAAGAGCACAAAGGAGUACACGGGCAUCCUCUCCAGCCUCCUCAUGCAGGACAAGCUGCCCCUGGAUGACAUCAAGGCCAGCAUCACGGAGAUGAUGGCAGGAGGAGUGGACACGACCUCCAUGACACUCCAGUGGGCCAUGUUCGAGCUAGCGCGUUCCCCAGGCAUUCAGGAGCAGCUGAGGGCAGAGAUCUUGGCCGCCAAGCAGGACACAGAGGGAGACAGGGUGAAGAUGUUGAAAACCAUCCGGUUGCUCAAAGCCACCAUCAAGGAAACACUCAGGCUCCACCCUGUGGCAGUGACCCUGCAGAGAUACACCACACAAGAGGUCGUCCUCCAGGAUUACUGCAUCCCCCCCAAGACGCUGGUGCAGGUCGGGCUUUACGCCAUGGGCCGGGAUCCUAAGGUCUUCCCCAAGCCAGAGCAGUUCAACCCUGAGCGCUGGCUGGCAACGGGUUCAAAAUACUUCAAGGGCCUGGGCUUCGGAUUUGGACCGCGCCAGUGCCUGGGCCGCAGGAUCGCCGAGCUGGAGAUGCAGCUCUUCCUCAUCCACAUGCUGGAGAACUUCAAGAUUGAAACCAAGAGGGCUGUGGAAGUCGGGACCAAGUUUGAUCUCAUCCUGAUCCCGGACAAACCCAUCCACCUCACCUUGAGGCCUCUGGAGUCCCAGGCCUGAGGGGGCAGAAGAG